GUGAGAAAGACCGAGGAACUCAAAGACCGUAAAACUAAAAUCUUCAAUGGCUUACGUCGAAAGAGGCGUUGUGAAAUCUAGUCGAUCCAUAUGGCGACUCAGAACAAUCAUUGAUUUCUUUUGGGCAAUCAUCGCUUUCAUUCGUGUGUUCUUUGCCACCAUGUUUUCGAUGGAGAAAUCUGAUGGGUAUAAGAAACUAUCUGGUUCCAGCAAGAAAUGGGAUGGUGGUGGCCCUGGUGGCCCAUAUGGUGGUGGCCCACGCGGACCUCCGCGUGGACUAGACAACGUUAGAGGCAUAGACCACAAUUCUCUUCCGGCAUGCGGAUCCUGCUGUGGAGGUUAAAAGAUAGCCGCGAUGGAUGCAUGAAUACUAAGGCCCAUAAUGUUGCUCUCAGCAUAGUGCCCAAGUUGAAACAAUAAAGUUCUGUAAGGAUUCUUAAUUUGUGUUACUAAGAAAGUGCUUGAAAGUAUCAUUGUCAUUACAUUUUUACCUAUCUGAAUGUGAAGUUCUUCAUAAUCUUGUUUGAUAAUAGAGUUGGCAUCAUUUCGUUAAA